AUGCACCCUGGGGCCCCCACAGCCUCUGCAGUCUUCGAGCCCAGCCCACGAGAGCUGUGUGCCUUUGUGAGCGGGGCAGCUGCCCGCAUGCUGCGCACCUUGCACCCCCGGCGGACCCGGCCCCCCAAAAGGAGACCCAACCACAGGAGGUUCCUGCACAACCAGAUCUGCAGGCAGUUUGCCAAGAUUGAGGCCGACACCCAGCGCCUGGCCCUGUCCAUCCUGUCCCAAGAGGCUCCUCCCCAGAGACCUUCGCCCCAAAGAGCACCCCGACCACCUCCAUCCCCCUUCCUGGGGGUGGCCCAUGCUGUGGCCCCCACCGAGGCACCUCAUCCGGGCCCCAGCCUAAGCCUCGCUGUGCUGGAUGCCUCCACCCUGGACCUCUUUGAUGACAUUGUACUCACCCCAGAACAUCCCUCAGGGCUGUAUGACCUGCCCCAUCAUGCACUCGGCCAGCCAGGCUUCAGGCAGGCCCAACAUUCCUAUGGUCCUCUGCCCCUGACCCUGCAUGCCCUGGGGGGAGGGGAAGAGCUCUUGGCUUCUGAGGAGGCCUGGGGGGGCAGGUGGGAGAUGCCUUGUGUCCACCAUUUUCAGGGGAUCCCAGAGGGCUGGGGGACCUGCUUCCUGUGA